AUGGGUAAACUUGAUGUUAAAUUACUAAGUUUUAUUCUAAUAGCAACUAUACUACUGUUAUUAAAUCCUAUAAAUAGUCAAGUUGUAUCAGAUAUUAUAUACAAUGAUAAUAAUAUAGAAAAUAAAGAUUUAGAUAUUGAAUAUGAGGAAAAAGGUCACAGUAAUAAAGGAAUUACUAAGAAGAGAAUUCAACAAUUUGAAAGACUUAUUCAGGGAUCCAAAUAUCAAGAUGAAUAUGAUUCUGGUUCAGCUGAAAGUAUUCAUAAUAUAACUUUAACAUCACCAUAUAAAGAGAAAUUAACAUAUAAUAUUACUGAAGAGCAUGAAACUGGGAAUGAAAAACUAUCUGAAUCUAUUUCAACCAGUGAACUGAACAAUUUAGAAGAAUUGAACUCUAUUAAAGAAGAAUUGAAUAAUGAAAUUAUUUCUAGAGAGAUAGAUAAUAGAGAAAUUGAAAAUCAAGAUAUGUAUAAACCAAGUUCUGAAAAAGAAGAAGUGGUUGCUAGUGUUAACUCAAAAAAUCGGAAGAAAAGAUCCAAGAAUUCAUCUAAGUCUAAGAGAUGCUUGAAUAGGCGAAAUAAGAAAAAAAAGGUGGAAUUUAUACCAAAUACGCAAGAUGUUACUCAAGAAUCUCCUAUAUACCAAAGUCCAGUUGAAGAUAUUAAUGAUAAUCAACAUAAUGAAAAUGAUAUAUCUGUAGAAUAUUAUACAGAUCCUUCACCAUUUGAAAUACUAGAGGAGCUAGCAUCUGAUAUGCCUUUAUUAAAUGAAAAUUCUACAUUUAAAGAGUUUAAUAAAAGUGAAUAUUUUGUGGAUGAAAAUUUAUCUAAUGAAGGUUCAAGAACAAAUGAAACUAAAGAAUAUAUAAUACCUGAUAGUAAUUAUUCAAAUAUUAAUUCUAAACAAGUUUUUAGAAAAUUUCCAUGGCCACCUAAAAAAAGUGAUAUAGAAUUAGAAGUUAGUUCAGAUAUUAAACAAGAUCAAUCUAAUUCUGAUAUAUCUAAUUUUGAAACUGAAAAUUCCCAAGAAUUAUCUUUAAAUGAGAUGGAAUAUUUAUCUAAUCAUAUUACUGAUAAAGCACAUAAUUCUUAUAUAACACCUAAUUUUGAUACAUCUAAUUCUGAUAUAUCUAAUUUUGAAACUGAAAAUUCCCAAGAAUUAUCUUCAAAUGAGAUGGAAUAUUUAUCUAAUCAUAUUACUGGUAAAACAUAUAAUUCAGAUGUAACAUCUAAUUUUGAUAUAUCUGAUUCUGAUAAAUCUAAUUUUGAAGUUGAAAAUACCCAAGAAUUAUCUUUAAAUGAGAUGAAAUAUUUAUCUAAUAUUACUGAUGAAACAUAUAAUUCUGAUAUAACAUCUGAUUUUGAUACAACUCAUUUUGAAACUGAGAAUUCAGAUAUUUAUUCAGAUUGUGACUCAAAUUUAUCAACAAUAUAUUCGGAGGGAAUAAGAGAUGAACAUAUAGAUAAACAAGACAUUCCUAUUAGAGUGAAGACCCCAGGAAAGUUACAAAGAAUCUGGCAAAAAAUUAAAGAUUUUUUUACUCCAAAUUUAUCCCAAAAAAGUACAUAUAUUGGUAAAUCUUGUCACAGAAGAUCUAAAACUCCUAAAUAUACACCAGGGUAUAUUCCAAAAUUAUAUCAAAUAUCGAGAAAUUUACCACUUAAUUGUUUUAAUACUAAUCAAGAAGUACUUUCUAGAUUAAAUAUUGAGAAUUCUAAGAUUUCUCAUGCACUUAAACUUAUUAAUAAUUCUUUAAUUCCUAUUGCAAAAAUGGCAGAAACUUCACAUAACUUUAUUACUAGUAGAUGGGCAAAAAAUAUUAAAAGAAAGGUAGAAACUCUAAAAAGUCUGUUUAUCAAGUUAGAAGAGAGAGUAAAUAUAAUGAGUAAAUAUGGUACAGUAUCAGGUGAAUAUGAAGCUUUAGUCCAGGAACUUGAUGACUUAACAAUAAUGUUAUAUUUUGUAACUAACCAAUAUUCAGAACCGAAAUCUUUUCAAAAAUAUAUCAAGGAAUUGAUUAGGUAUCCAGAAGUAGUAACUAGUAAGACAGAGAAUUUUAUAAAUGCAAUUAAAAGAAGCAAAAAAAGUAUAAGAUAUAAGAAAAAUAGGGAUAUUUUUAUUAAUGAGUAUAGAGAAACUAAAGAUGAAUAUGAUAGACAAGUUAAAGAACUUAAGGAACGUCUACCAUUUAUUAGAAAGAGAUUCAGUUACUUGUAA